UGGCGCGUGCAACUAUAAAACAGACGACAGGUUGGUUAAUUGUAUAUUGCUAUCAAACUCCUCUACUGAAAACAGAGCGGUAAACCGUCAAUCAUGCUGGAAGAAUUACGCCGAGCUUUGCAUUACCAUGCAUCAACUUCUUCACCAAAAGUGACCAAAGAAAGUGCAAUGGAUGAAAUACGAAUGAUGCUCAGACUCUUCAGCUCUGUGUAUCAAGGUGAUCUGGCAGAAUUCAAGUGUUUGUUGAAAGCCGGAGUUGACCCAAAUUCAACGGAUUGUGAAGGAAAUUCUCUGAUGCAUAUUGUAAUUGAAAAUGGACUUUACGAUAUGGUGGAAAUUUUACUUACUCACAAUGCAUACGACAUCAAUCAAGAAGAUCGAAAUGGACAGACGCCAUUAAUGCUAGCCGUUAUUUUAGGCGAGGAAGAGAUCAUCCGUCUUUUGGUGCGGGCAGGGGCUGAUGUGAACGAGAUCAACAAUGCUGGAAAGUCCGCUCUCCUUAUAGCGCUGGAGGAUGGGAAAUUCGACAUAGCAGAGUACCUUAUCAAACAUGGAGGGGAUGUCAACACAGUUGACCAUCUGGGUCAAAGUGCGCUGUUUCUAACCAUGAAUAAUAACACAGACCACAAAUGCAUCAAACUUCUGAAGAAACUCAUUAAAGCAGGUUACUCAUUCGAAAAAGACAGGUUCUGGCUGAAGGACGAUGGUUUUGGAUAUUCACUCUGUUCCUGUGAUAAAUCUGUGUCAAAACUUUUGAAAAAAUUGGAUUGUAGUCGCGCCUCUUUGGACAGAAGCCUAAGCACCCACUUCCCAUUGGAAUUCACAAAAGUUGGAUGAACAAAAAACAAGAUGAACAAAAACACUUUCGAUUAUUAUUAUUUUUGCAAAACUGUGAUAUAUUUAUCUGUGAUACCAUAUUUUCAUAUGAAUUAUGUACAAAUGCUUAUUGUGAUGCCUUUAUGUCAAUAAAAGUUUACAAAUGAA